AAGGUGAGCACAUCCAGGUUGUCUGAAGCACAUUAAAUUAGUCAAAUGGAUUUGAUUAAAAUUUGGGCUUUUUCUUCUUUUUUAAAAUCUGUCACAACUUCUAUAUUAAAGAAGUUAGAAGGCCUGGUUUCUGCCCCUGAUUCUACCAAUCAGGUGAUACAUAUAGUAACAGAAUACUUAUUUCAAUUUUUCUGCUAAGUUCUUUAUCUCUAAAAUGAGAAAAAGCAUUCUUAACCUCAAGGUAGCUGUAGCUGUGAAGAGAUGAUACAUGAAAUAUAUGGGUGAUAUACAGAAUACAUAUAGUGUCAGCCAACUAAAUACAGAUAUAUUAUUAUAUCAAAUUCAGUCAGAGCUAAGAUGGAAAUUUCAGCCUUAACAACAAAACUCAAUCAUUACAAAUGGAAACAGGGAAGGGGGGGAAAUAAAUGAUCCAGAACAGAAUUAGGAAAGUAAAAUAAACAACAGAAAUCACAAGUACACAAAAAACUAUGAUGUUUGCUAAUGGGAAUAUAUUGGCCCUUUUGUAAAUGGUUACUUUCUUGGGGAAGGGCACAAAGAUGUCUUUUUCUAAAAGAGAAUAUUGUUGCAGGUUAUCUUUGCAUAUUAAUAAGUGCAAUUAUUUUGUAAAAAAAAAAAUAAACCACACAAUGAGUGCUUGCUGUGUGUCAGCACUAAGUGUUGUACAUAUUACCAACUAAUUUAACAUUCACAAGAACCAAAAGAUGGUACCAAAUAUAUUUUGGGAAGUAAUUUCCUAACAUUCAUCUGCUUGGUGAAAGUUUCAGCAAGUCCCAAUAUAGUGAAAGAAAAGCAUUUCAAUCAGUAACGCUGAAUCUGAACACAUUCCUGAGGAAUUUCUGGAAGGAUCGUUUGUCUUCCAUUCCUCAAAUAUGUGCUCUCAAUCCUUAUUCAAGAAGUUAUCAUUUUGGUUUAGUAAAAGAGCUAAAAUAUCUAUUCACUUUGCUAUUAGAAAACAAGAUUUCGCUACUUAAGAUCUUUUCUUACGUUCUCAUAUACAAAUCACAGCAAGACCGACAGAGCAGGUGCUGAACUGCGGCACGCUCUGGGGACACCAUGUGCGCCACACGGGUGUGCCGCGUGUCCCGGGAACCGCAGAGAUCGGCCCCAGGCGCCGAGGGCCCUGCUCGCCUUCGGCCCUCCGCCAGCUUCUUUCCUCCUCGCAGGCCAAGGACUCUGAGGGACCUUCUCAAACACAUUCCAGAACACCAGGGUCCUGAGACUCUCCACCCAAACGGCUCGCAGAGACCCAGGGUCCGCCCAGGGGAGAGAAGACCUUCUCACCGGUGUACAUACGCCGCUUGGCCAACACGCGGCCAAGUGCGGAUGCUGGGGGACGGCCUGACGUGCAAGCUGCCCUGUCCACACACAGGCACCCAAGUCCCAAAGGGGGUGGAAUCGAGUCAGCUCUCCCCUGCCUCCACUUUCUGGAAUGGAAUUCGGAGGGAUCUGAGAGGUGACCAAACCGACUCCACAGGAGUGAGCCAGACACCCUCCCACGGCAAAGCGACGCCAGCUGCGGGCAGAUGUGGACAAAGCCCAGACAGCUGUACUGACAGAUGGACACAGGGCCCGGCGUGGGGCCCAGGAGCAAGGUGACCCCGGCUGAGGCCAGCAGCAGCCCGCAGAAAGGGCCUCGGGCCCCGCUGCCACUCCCGCCCGGCUCCACGGGGGUGGGCACGCGGGCCGACCGCGGCGGGGCACCCAGCAGACGGCUUCUGACGCCAGCAGCAGGGCCGAGCGAGGGCAGCGCAGCGCCCACAGCCGAGCCAGCAGCCAGUCCGGGGCCGGGGUCCCGGGGGCGGGGCCGCGCGCACGUCACCGCCGCGGCCGACGUCACGGCCGCUUGCCGCAGCCGCAAGGUCCCCGCGCGCAGCUCCGCGGCAGGUCUGUGCGGGAGCCACCCAGCCCUCUGCGGCUUCUCCUCUGACAUGGCUGACGCGGAGAACCAGGGGCCUGCGGAGCCGAGCCAGGCGGCGGAGGCGGCGGAGGAGGUAAUGGCGGAAGGCGGUGCGCAGGGGGGAGACUCGGACAGCGCGGCCGGCGACUCGGACAGCGCGGCCGGCGACUCGGACAGUGCGGCCGGUGAGCCGGCCGAGGAGCCCCAGACCCCUGCCGAGAAUGCACCAAAGCCUAAAAAUGACUUUAUCGAGAGCCUGCCCAACUCGGUGAAAUGCCGAGUCCUGGCCCUCAAAAAGCUGCAGAAGCGAUGCGAUAAGAUAGAAGCCAAAUUUGAUAAGGAAUUUCAGGCUCUGGAAAAAAAGUAUAAUGACAUCUAUAAGCCCUUACUUGCCAAGAUCCAAGAGCUCACCGGUGAGAUGGAGGGAUGUGCAUGGACCUUAGAGGGUGAGGAGGAGGACGAUGACGAGGAGGAGUAUGAGGAUGAGGAGGAGGAGGCGGAGGAGGAGGCAGAGGAGGAGGAGGAGGCUGCGGCAGAGGCUGCCAAAAAUGAGGGUCCCCACUCUGCCGUGUCCGAUGACGCCAAGAAAUAAGCGGAGCAGAGGCUGAAGAGGAGAAUGACGACGAAGACAAAAACGCUACUUUUUUAUACAUAUAUAUAUUGGUGGACUUAAAACGGCUCAGGUUUUGGACCAAAGAACAAUGUGAAUCAAUUCUGACAUUCCCAAAAACAUAUUAAAUUGAAGCAAUCAGAUCCUGGCCAGCCCGUUUCAAAUUUGAUUUUCAUUUUGAACAUAAAUGUAUCAAAAGAUAUUAAAGAAAAUGAGUUUAAUUUAAAAUAAUUUCUCCAUGAUCGCUUCUUGAGGACUGGAAUUGAGGCUUAUUAAGGGUGUCAAGUAGAUGUGAAGUAAAGAAUGUCACUUUGAAACUCAUUCAUCACACUACGCACGGAACACCCAAGCCAAGACUGAACGUGUUCUCAAUGCCUAAUUCUUCAGGUUCUUUACUCCUGAAAUUUUCCAGUGCAGAACCCAAGAAAAGUCUCAUCUUUAAGACUUUGCUUUUGUAACCCAGACAUCAGCUUUACACUUUGGGGAAGAGAGAUGGACUGGAGGAAGCAUGGGCUGGAGAUCAUGACAGUACUGUUAAUAAGCCUGGAAAACUGCCACUUCAAAUUCUAAUGAAUGUUCUGAAUAUUGAAAUUUAGAGAAACAUGAUUCUGAGAAGGAGGGUGUAUAACUUGUAUAGUAUUGUCAACAUAUGUGUUCGUUAUUUACAGUCUCAUGUUUAUGUGUUUUCUUGGUAGUGUCUAUUUACAAAGGUGUAAAAAAAAAAAAACCCAAAUGGUUAAGUAUUAAAUCCCUUUACCUAGCAUUCUAGAAAUAUUAAUUUACUUCAAGAGAUGUAGAAUGUAGCAAAUUCUGUAAAGCAUGUGUAUCCAGUGUUAUGUAGUUUGAUCCUCGUAAAGUCUUUUUGUCCCGUAGCUUUUAGAAUGUAGCUGUGAAAAUUAUCAGAACUCUUCACUGAAGCUAAUGUUUGGAAAAAAUAUACACUUGAAGAACCAAUCCAAGUGUGUGUCCCCACCCACAGCUCAGAAGUAGAAAGGGUUUAAGUUUGCUUGUAUUAGCUGUGCCUUCAUUAUUUUGCUAUCUAAAUGUGAUAUGUUAAAUAUAAAAUGGUGCAUAAUCAAAUUUUACUGCUUGAGGAUAGACUGGCUUACAGUCAAGGAUUUUUAGGAAGGACACAUUUAAUCUAAAGACUCUUAGCUUCUUUGUGGGUUUUGAAUUGUGUGUGACCCAGUGAUCUAUAAACAUAAGCAUAAAAUUGUUUACCACUGUGGUGUUAAUAAAACAGUAUUUUCCAAAAACAAAA